AUGGAUGGAAUUGAUCCGGACGUUCUGCUGGAAUGGCUUCAAACGGGUAUUGGAGACGAAAGGGAUCUCCAGAUGAUGGCUCUUGAGCAGCUGUGCAUGUUGCUGCUUAUGUCUGACAAUAUCGAUCGAUGCUUUGAAUCAUGCCCUCCGCGAACGUUCCUUCCUGCUUUGUGCAAAAUCUUUUUGGAUGAAACUGCUACAGAAGCUGUUCUUGAGGUCACCGCCCGUGCUAUUACCUACUAUCUUGAUGUUUCCAACGAAUGCACCCGAAGAAUAAUACAAGUGGACGGAGCUGUUAAAGCAAUAUGUAGUCGGCUUGCCGCUGCUGAAAUGACAGAUAGGACAAGUAAAGAUUUAGCUGAGCAAUGUGUUAAACUUCUUGAGCACAUUUGUCAACGUGAAACGCUUGCCGUCUAUGAUGCAGGUGGUAUGCAUGCCAUGCUUACGCUAGUUCGACAACAUGGUUCACAAGUCCAUAAGGACACAAUGCACUCUGCAAUGUCUGUAGUCACUCGUUUAUGUGGUAAAAUGGAACCUAAUGAUGCUGCCCUUCCGCAGUGUGCUGAAAGUCUUGGAGCUUUGCUUGCACAUGAGGAUAAUAAGGUUUCUGAGAGCGCUUUGCGUUGCUUUGCAGCUCUUACAGACCGUUUCAUUCGCAAGAUGCUUGACCCGGCUGAGCUUGCCACGCACAGCAAUUUGGUUGAGCACCUGCUAACCACACUGUCUAGUGAAACUGCUGCCCAUUCUGCCAAUUUCAUCUCCAUUGUUCUCUCGUUGCUUAGUAAUCUUUGUCGAGGGAGUGCUGCGGUUACAGAGCAGGUGUUGAGUUCUCCGCGUCUGAUUUCGGCCCUACAGUGUGUUCUGACCAACAAGGAUGAUCGCUGUGUGACGGAUGGUCUUCGUUUAGCAGAUUUACUGGUCGUACUGUUGAGUGAAGGACGAUCCGCUCUUCCUUUCACAACUGCGUACCAGUCAAGCGGAGAGUCGGGACAGAGCGGCCAAAGUGCUGAGCGUGCUCAUCGUCACCUAAUCGAUGCCAUCAGGCAAAAGGAUCUUAGUGCUCUGGUUGAUACGAUAGACAAUGGCGUCGUCGAUGUCAACUUUACCGAUGACGUGGGACAGACGUUGUGCAACUGGGCUUCAGCUUUUGGUUCACUAGAAAUGGUUCAGUAUUUGUGCGAUAAGGGAGCUGAUGUUAACAAAGGACAUAAGAGCAGUAGCUUGCAUUACGCAGCUUCAUUUGGGCGACCUGAUAUAGUGAAAGUACUUCUGCAACGGGGUGCAAAUCCGGAUUUGAGAGACGAGGAUGGGAAGACGGCAUUAGACAAAGCAAGGGAACGCACGGAUGAAGAUCAUACUCAAGUUGCUCAGAUACUUGAAAGCCCUUCGGUUUAUAUGCACUCCAAGUCUGACGAGCAGAACAAAUCGAAGCAGUCUUCUGUUGUUCGCAAAACCAGCACGAGUGACCUCCCUGAUCGUGAGCUAGCUAUUCGCGUUCUACACCAGCUGCUACCGAUUUUCUGCGAAAUUUUCAUGAAAUCGCUUUCCGCAAGUGUACGACGCACAUCGUUAUCGCUGCUGCGUAAGAUCGUUGAACAUAUGCAACUUGAUGACAUCCGAUCAGCCCCGAGCCAAGCUAUAGAAUCUCAAGGUUCUUCUAAAGAUAUGCAAACGUCAUCGGCAGCCGAUUUACCGCCAGGAGCGGAAAAUCUGGUUACUGUAGUUGUAUCUGUUCUUGAACAAGAAGAGGAUCAUGAUGGACAAGAACAGGUGUUGCUGAUCCUUUCUUCUCUGUUGCGGAAAGAUCCGGAAUUGUGGGUUCCUGAACUUGUCCGCCUAGGCGUAUUCGAGCGCGUCGAGGCCAUGGCCAAAGAACCACCAAAGAGUUCCGACGACGAUGAUGACGAUGUGGACCGAGCUGAGGAAUUGAACGCGCGAAAUAGUGCCAUGAGCAGAUCUACCACUUCCACUCCAUCGGUGGCAAUGGAAUUGGACGUGGUGGAAAGAAGCAUCUCUACUGGUAUUAGUGAUGAGGUAGAAAAAGAACGUGCGGCCAUGUUAAAUGUAAUGAUGGAGGUAUUACGGCUUUUAAUUAAGUUGAACGCACAUAAACAACAAAGUUUUCUUUUUCCGGUGGAAGAUAUUACUACUACUGAGACGCCUCCUCCAACUGUAGAGGUGGUGCAACCCAAUACGGGCUCGUCUCUGACUCUAAUGGUUCCCACGUCGUCGAAUGACAAAGGCAAACUGGUUCUUCAGCAAGACAUGCCAUACCGUUGGAAAGAGUGGCGCGUAAUUCGAGGUGAAGAGUCCACAUUCAUUUGGUGUGAUGUGCUCGCCUUGGAGCUGAGCUUUAACAGUAACGGAUGGUUCCGUUUCCUUAUGGAUGGAGAGGUAACUACGAUGUUCAACAAUGGUGUCGCCGAAAGCGUGUCUGAUGAAGUUCGGGCUGAAACAAAAAAAUCCUUCAUGACAAGAUGGAGAAGGGUCAAACAGGUGUGGAAUGACGAUUCACUUCCCGUCAGCAUUUUAUGCGUACCCUGCAUGGGGAAGAAGGUGGAGUUCCCACGUUGGGAGAUGUGGAGCUCACGUUCUACUGAACUAACGAUCAAGUGCUGCAAGAGCGAGGAACAUAUCGUUGUCAAGGACGAGCUGGGUGGAUUCGUCGUCGAGGCCAGCGAUAAGACGAAGCACAGUCAAAUGCCUGAGACAGCGCUUUCCUCUGAAUUCCAUACAGGAUGGAGUUCUCAUGGUAUGACAGCGAGGCGUUCCAAGUUCAGAGGAGAAAUUCAGCGCAGAAAGGUGCAAGAGCUGGCUUGGGAACUGUGGAAUAACCAUUUGAAAGAAGCACGAGCUAAACCGCGUGAGGCGCUUAUCGAAUUGCAAAAGGCUGCUAUUUGCAUACAGGACGCAGUGACCACAGCUAACCUCAUCGCUGGAAUUUCCAUCAAGAGCAAACAUGUGAAACAACCGCGUAUCGAAAAGGUUCAAGAGUUGGUAUCCGCUCUGAAAUGCGUGCGAGAGUCAGUGAUGGACGAUAGGCGGCUUUCGACUUUCGAAUUUUCCGUGUCCGGUAUUGUUCCUGCAUUGCACAAUUUGCUGGCUUUAGUCGAGCGCCAACCUGGAAGCUAUCCUGCUCGUAUAUUUGGAGAGACGUUCGCGCACGGCAUGGCUUUAUCAAGCCUUGCCAUGAAAAUGGUCUCCGUACUAGAGUCCACGGAAAAGUUCCCACAAUAUCUCUAUGACACUCCAGGUGGAUCAGCAUUUGGUCUCCAGUUGUUGUCCCGACGAAUUCGUAUGAAACUCGAACAUGCAAAUAGUGAACAUGAUGACAAGAAGCAGUUGAUCAACAGAAGUGGUCGCAUGUUCAAAAGUGAGCCACUGACAACGAUUGGCCAACUGAAGUCCUUCCUUCUGAAAAUGGUGGCGAAACAAUGGUUCGAUCGUGAUCGCGCAAACCUUGGUUUCGUAAAAGCCAUUGAGGAGUCGAAAAAGUCUGGGGAACGUAUUAGGUUGACGUAUACUAGCGAUUUUGAUGAGCAAGGUGUGAUUUACUGGCUGGGAACAAAUGGGAAAACAGCGGCUGACUGGACCAAUCCAGCUUCGAUCGGGAUUGUUCAGGUGACAUCAUCUGAUCAGCGACAGCCGUUCGGGAAACCGGAAGAUGUCCUGAGCCGUGACGUCAACCCUAUUAAUUGCCAUUCCAGCGACGACAAGAAUGCGAACUUUACGAUUGACCUUGGUGUUUUCCUCUAUCCUACGGCCUAUACGCUGCGUCAUGCAAGAGGUUACGGACGGUCGGCGCUACGAAAUUGGCUACUGCAGGGAUCGAAAGACAAGCAAGUAUGGGAAGUACUUGUCGCUCAUUCGGAUGAUAUAAGUCUUGGUGACCCUGGAUCUACUGCGACGUGGCCGAUUGAGGACGAUAGAACAAAAGGACCGUUCCGGUACUUGCGUAUCGCGCAAAACGGCAAGAAUUCAUCUGGGCAGACGUAUUAUCUAAGUGUCUCUGGUUUCGAGGUGUAUGGUGAAAUAGUCGAUGUUGUCAUCGAUGGAUUCACUGUACCUAAGGAGGAAAAGGAUAGAAGCGGCUGUUCUAUUGUGAGUGGUAAAUCCAAGAUUCCAUUGCCGUCAUCUUCCCGAAAAGAUUCAAACCGCGACGAGAAGGUCGAAUCCCUUAUGCCUCAAGGUGCCAAUAAUAACAAGUUGAGGGCUGGGUUGACCGCAGAUAUGGUCUCUAUGAUGCACACAAGAUCUCGUAUGCGUGUUGCGCGCGCUGGUCGUCAUGCAGCUGUUGGGACCGAUGCUCGAGGCAUGCGUGUCAUUCGUGGCCCAGACUGGUCGUGGGACGACCAGGAUGGUGGCGGCGAGGGCAAAAUUGUGGGUUGUGUGGAAAAUGGUUGGGUUGAUGUUAUGUGGGACAACGGAUAUACGAACUCGUACCGUUUCGGAGCCGAUGGACGCUUUGAUAUUCAACGUGUGAGCGGCCGCACGUCCCUCACAACAUCAACGCCUGCCAUUUCCGUCUUAGAGGCCGUUCGAGCCAAAGGCCGCGGUCUCAUGGGAAGAUCGAGAGAGACGGGUGUACGAGAUGGUAGUUCAUCACCAUUUGCCUCGUUCACCGGCUUCACUCCGUUCGCAACAAAACAACGCAGAUCCGGAGUGUCUACGCCUUUGUCAAGAUUCGCUAAGGUGCCUUCAACGUCAUCGUCAAAUGCAACUGCGACUAGCUCGUCCAAUAUUGGCAAAAAAUCAAUGUCCACUACAAACCUCGUGGAGGAUCGUGCAAAAGCAGGACCGAGCGUUGCUUCGACAGGUCAGGCUGCAUCUGCUGAGUCGUUGCAGCAUCAGACGCAGUCGCUGGAAAACCUCCUUGCCAGAGCAAAUCCUCACAAAUUUGGCCGAAUAGCUGAAACCAUGGAAAGUGGUGCUGAAACUCCCGAACCAGGCCAUCAAACACCCGUUGCUGCUGAGACUGAAGAAAGCGAUUCUGCUGCAAGUGCGGCUGGAUCACAUCCUGCCCUUUCUGUGUGCUCCUCACAAUCUUCUGUAGUCGAUGCCACUCCUCGUGAUGGCGCAACUCCCUCUGCUCCUCAGGUGGAUUCGUCGAAGAUGAGCAGCUUGUCCGUCUCCGCUCCUGAUCUAGCUGCAGCCCGUCAGCGACAGCAGUCUAGUGAUACAUUCGAAAUGGAUAAAACAGUCGAAGAAGAUGAAGAGCAAGAAGGAGAAGAUGAAGAGGAAGAAGAAACUAAUGAGAAAGUCAAUUUCGCUGACAUGAUGGCUGAUGCCCUUCAAACUUCCUCCGAACGAAGUUUGUUCGAAAAGCUCCGCGAAGUAUUUGGCACAGAAGACUCCCUGGAACAUCUCAUUACGUCGUCGUCGAACACCGAACCUGGAGAGGUAACAGCUCCAUCUACCUCAACUUCUGCCUCGCAAAAGAACAUCAAGAAAGACAAACCUACUCUUAAGCAGAAACUAGGCAACUACGCUGAUGUUCUUAAGGGCAUUAUGCAGACGAUGAUGGAUCCGAGUGGUAAUUCACUAGAAGUUGAAGAAUUGCUGGAUGAGGAUGACUUGAAUGCGCUCGGCGUUCCCGUUGACUCACUGGCUACAGUGCUGUCGGGUCGAGGAAAUGAAGGGUUCAAGUUGAAUUGGAAACAAUUCUCUCAGCUGAUGAGUGGAGGUUUGGACUCAAGAAAUCGCGAACAGCGUGGCGGUAACAAGAACAACUUCCGUUCGUGGGACGAUGAAUUGGUGUUGAAAUGUUCCUUCCAGGCGUUGAUUCCUGCCUUCGAUCCGAGGCCGGGUCGUACGAAUGUGAAUCAGACUCAAGAUGUGGAGCUUCCCGCUGUGGUCCCUGAUCCCACUCAGACCAAGCCAGUACCGCAUCCUGAAGAAACUUCCGUGCGACUCUUCCUUCGCGGUCCAAACAUGAGCGGAAUUGAGAAUGUCACUAUAGAAAUGGGCGCGGAUGAUCAUAGCCUGUUCUAUUAUGUUCAAGCGCUUGUUGGUGCAAUUGAUUGGGGAGCGAAAUGCGAGCGAAGUCGUCGUGUGUGGGAACCAACAUACACACUAGUUUACGAAGAUGCAUCCUUGCCUUGUGUGACAAAGUUCUCACAAAUCGCAUCAGACGACAGCAAGGUUCCUCCAGCUGUAAACGAGUGCCUCGAAGUCAUCGGUCUUCUGUCACGCAUUGGCGAACGUUUCCCUGAUGCACAGAUCAGCCCACAGGUGUUCAUCAGCGAUAAGUUGACGCUCAAGCUUACUCAGGAGCUAUCUGAUGCUCUGGUAGUUGCCGCAAGAGCGAUGCCUGACUGGUGUUCUCGCCUCAUUUACGGCUAUCCAUGUCUAUUCUCUGCCGAGACCAAAAAUAUGUACAUGCAAGCGACUGCAUUCGGAGUUUCACGCACAAUUGUAUGGCUGCAGUCGCGUCGUGAUGCAGCCCUCGACCGAGCGCGUGGCGCUGCUCAAAGUACCACCAGUAGCGCGACUAGACCACAUGAUCGUUAUCAGGAGUAUCGUGUUGGACGUCUGAAACAUGAACGAAUAAAGGUCACUCGUUCGGAGGAACAUCUGCUUGAGCAGGCUAUACGUGUAAUGAAAUUCCACGCUGAUCGCAAGGCUGUGCUUGAGAUAGAAUACGUUGGUGAAGAGGGUACGGGUCUGGGUCCUACUCUGGAGUUCUAUGCAUUGGUUGCUGCUGAGCUGCAAAGGAAGGCGUUAGCCAUUUGGUUAUGUGAUGACAUGGAUGAACACCAGUUGAAGAUGGAAGAACGAGAACUCGAUCUGGGAGAAGGAAAGAAGCCGCCUGGAUUCUAUGUACGUCGUGCGGGAGGCCUGUUUCCAGCUCCACUUCCACCGCAUACAGAUGAAGUUCGUCGCGCGUCUGAAAUGUUCCGAGUUCUAGGAAUCUUCCUUGCUAAGGUUCUUCAAGAUGGAAGACUGGUAGAUCUGCCCUUGGCUAGACCGUUUCUUAAGCUGAUCGUGUCACCACACCUUAGCGAGGCUGAAGAGCCGUCGCUGGAUCGAGUGCUUUCCCUGGAUGAUUUCGAGGAAGUACACCCUGUCAAGGGAGGUUUCCUGAAGGAAUUGCGUGCGCUGGCCCAAAGGAAACGAGCCAUCGAGAACGAGCCGAUGUUGGACCGAGAGGCGAAAAGACGAAAGAUUGACGAGUUGAAAUUAUGCAUUCAUGGAACUCGUUGCCGUGUAGAAGAUCUCGCUCUCAAUUUCACGGUGAAUCCUCCAUCGACGGUAUUCGACUACGAAGAAAUGGAACUAGUCGAAGGUGGUGCAGACAUGGAUGUUACUAUGGACAAUGUCGAGCUUUAUGUGCAAAAAUGUGCAGACUUCUAUUUGAAUACGGGCAUAAUCAAUCAGAUGCGUGCAUUCCGUGAUGGCUUCGAUCGUGUUUUCGGUCUUCGCGCUCUUCGUUCAUACAGUCCUGAAGAGGUUCAGCGAUUACUAUCCGGUGAGCAGUGUCCUGAAUGGACGCGCGAAGAUGUACUCAACUAUACGGAGCCCAAACUAGGCUACACAAAAGAUUCCCCGGGCUUUCUACGAUUUGUUGAUGUUAUGGUGGAACUGAAUCCGCAAGAGCGGAAAAACUUCCUUCAGUUUGCAACGGGAUGCUCAAGUUUACCCCCUGGUGGGCUCGCUAAUCUCCAUCCUCGUUUGACGGUUGUCCGUAAAGUCGAGAGCGGUGAUGGCAGCUAUCCUUCUGUGAAUACUUGCGUGCACUACCUCAAACUGCCCGAGUAUUCGUCAGCUGAUAUAUUACGGGAACGUCUUCUGACGGCGGUCAACGAAAAAGGAUUCCAUCUCAAUUAA